AAUGUGGCCGCGUUUCCACUCUUAAACUAAUUAUGCCCGCUAUUAAAAGCUUAACGGUGCUUUACGACGCGCUAAACGAGGAAGGGACGUUCUCGGAGGGGGAUACCAUAAGGGGGAAAGUAACGCUGGCCGUGGAAAAGCCGACAGCCGUGCAAAGCUUCUUCGUCAAAGUGAAGGGGGAUGCUCAAGUACGCUGGACGAGGAAUGGAAACCAGAAGCACACGCACUCGGCAAGGUGUCGAUACUUCAAACUCAAGCACUUUUUCAUCGAGGAAAGUUCCAAUGAGACAGUUCUUCCCCCGGGUGUCCAUGUGUAUAACUUUAGCUUUACCAUACCAUCAACGAGCAUGCCUUCAAGCUUCAAUGGCACCCAUGGAAAAAUUGUCUACAUGCUUGAAGCCAAGUUGUCUCGAAGUUGGAAAUUUGACAAGACUGCUGAGAAAAAGAUCACUUUUGUCUCCAAGUUCUUCCCACAUCUACAAUCUCUGAUGUCAAAACAAGUUGUGGUCGAAGACAAAGAGUUGGGGAUUUUCUCAAGUGGAAAAGUGCACAUGGAGGUCACUGUUGAUAGGACAGCUUACGCCCCAGGAGAAACAGCGGUGGUUGUUGCAAAAAUCAACAACAACUCUUCCAGUGACAUGACGCCCAAAGUGCGUUUGUGUCAGGUUAUUGUCUACACCGCCAGGGGUCACACCAAACAUGAAAACAGCACUGUCAACAAAAUGGCCGGCCAGAAUAUUGGAGCCCACUCGGAGAAGGAGGUCAGGUGGGCUGUGAAGAUUCCCACUAAUCAGGAGCCGACCAUCAAAAAUUGUGAUAUUAUCUCCGUGGAGUACUUCUUAAAGGUGUAUCUCAACAUCAGUUUUGUCGCUGACCCUGAGGUAAACGUCCCGGUGAUUAUCAUACCUCCAAACCUGGCAUCUGCAUCUCAGUUGGCCGUUUCUGGGCCCAGCUGGGCCUCACACAGCAGUGACUUCCACCCUCUAGCAGCAAUCGCACCUCAUGAUCAUCCAUCCCCACACCAAUACGAAGGGGGCCAAGCGUAUUCGGUAACUCCGCCUUCUUACCCGGCUAAUCCGUCGAGCCAUGCUGGUCCACCGGCCAUGAAUCCCGAUCCCGCCGCGCCCAUGGCGUCGGGUUUCAAUCCGGGAAUGUCUUCGAUGGCAGCAGAGACCUUGGCAUGUCUGGACAGCGGCCACAUUGACAGGGAGUGGCCUGUUCAACUUCCAAGACGACUAAACAUGCCCGCUAUUAAAAGCUUAACGGUGCUUUACGACGCGCUAAACGAGGAAGGGACGUUCUCGGAGGGGGAUACCAUAAGGGGGAAAGUAACGCUGGCCGUGGAAAAGCCGACAGCCGUGCAAAGCUUCUUCGUCAAAGUGAAGGGGGAUGCUCAAGUACGCUGGACGAGGAGUGGAAACCAGAAGCACGCGCACUCGGCAGUGUGUCGAUACUUAAAACUCAAGCACUUUUUCAUCGAGGAAAGCUCCAAUGAGACAGUUCUUCCCCCGGGUGUCCAUGUGUAUAACUUUAGCUUUACCAUACCAUCAACGAGCAUGCCUUCAAGCUUCAAUGGCACCCAUGGAAAAAUUGUCUACAAGCUUGAAGCCAAGUUGUCUCGAAGUUGGAAAUUUGACAAGACUGCUGAGAAAAAGAUCACUUUUGUCUCCAAGUUCUUCCCACAUCUACAAUGUCUGAUGUUAAAACAAGUUGCGGUCAAAGACAAAGAGUUGGGGAUUUUCUCAAGUGGAAAAGUGCACAUGGAGGUCACCGUUGAUAGGAAGGCUUACGCCCCAGGAGAAACAGCGGUGGUUGUUGCAAAAAUCAACAACAACUCUUCCAGUGACAUGACGCCCAAAGUGCAUUUGUAUCAGGUUAUUGUCUACACCGCCAGCGGUCGGACCAAACAUGAAAACAGCACUGUCAACAAAAUGGCCGGCCACAAUAUUGGAGCCCACUCAGAGAAGGAGGUUAGUUGGGCUGUGAAGAUUCCCACUCAUCAGAAGCCGACCAUCAAAAAUUGUAAAAUUAUCUCCGUGGAGUACUUCUUAAAGGUGUAUCUUGACAUCAGUUUUGCCUUUGACCCUGAGGUAACCUUCCCGGUGAUUAUCAUACCUCCAAACCUCGCAUCUGCAUCUCAGUUGGCCGUGAUGGCAGCAGAGACCUUGGCAUGUCUGGACAGCGGCCACAUUGACAGGGAGUGGCCUGUUCAACUUCCAAGACGACUAAACAUGCCCGCUAUUAAAAGCUUAACGGUGCUUUACGACGCGCUAAACGAGGAAGGGACGUUCUCGGAGGGGGAUACCAUAAGGGGGAAAGUAACGCUGGCCGUGGAAAAGCCGACAGCCGUGCAAAGCUUCUUCGUCAAAGUGAAGGGGGACGCCCAAGUACGCUGGACGACGAGGAGCGGAAACCACAACCACACGCACUCGGCAAGAUGUCGAUACUUCAAACUCAAGCACUUUUUAAUCGCGGAAAGCGCCAAUGAGACUGUUAUUCCCCCAGGUGUCCAUGUGUAUAACUUUAGCUUUACCAUACCAUCAACGAGCAUGCCUUCAAGCUUCAAGGGCAUCCAUGGAAAAAUUGUCUACAUGCUUGAAGCCAAGCUGUCUCGAAGUUGGAAAGUUGACAAGACUGCUGACAAAAUCAUCAUUUUUCACUCCAAAUCCUUCCCACAUCUACAAUCUCUGAUGUUCAAACAAGUUGCGGUCAAAGAUAAAGAGUUGGGGAUUUUCUCAAGUGGAAAAGUGCACAUGGAGGUCACUGUUGAAAGGACGGCUUACGCCCCAGGAGAAACAGCGGUGGUUGUUGCAAAAAUCAACAACAACUCUUCCAGUGACAUGACACCCAAAGUGCGUUUCUCUCAGGCUAUUGUCUACACCGCCAGCGGUCGUACCAAACAUGAAAACAGCACUGUCAACAAAAUGGCCGGCCACAAUAUUGGAGCCCACUCAGAGAAGGAGGUUAGUUGGGCUGUGAAGAUUCCCACUCAUCAGAAGCCGACCAUCAAAAAUUGUAAAAUUAUCUCCGUGGAGUACUUCUUAAAGGUGUAUCUUGACAUCAGUUUUGCCUUUGACCCUGAGGUAACCUUCCCGGUGAUUAUCAUACCUCCAAGCCUCGCAUCUGCAUCUCGGUCGGCCGUUUCUGGGCCUAGCUGGGCCUCACACAGCAGUGACUUCCACCCUGCAGCAGCCAGCGCGCCUCAUUAUCAUCCAUCCCCACACCAAUACGAAGGGGGCCAAGCGUAUUCGGUAACUCCGCCUUCUUACCCGGCUAAUCCGUCGAGCCAUGCUGGUCCACCAGCCAUGAAUCCCGGUCCUGCCGCGCCCAUGGCGUGGGGUUUCAAUCCGGGAAUGUCUUCGUACGGCUCUCCGUUUUUGCACUCAUCGUCAUCUAGUGCCCUUCACCCUCGGCCGAAUCCACAAGCAUUUCAGCCACCCGCUCCAGCAUUCCCCCCGCAUCCAUCUGCCCCAGCGGCCCAUCCGGGUCCAUCAGCACCACCAGAAUCACACCCAGCUCCAUCUGCACCAUCGUACGACCCACCUCCUUACAUGAGCGCCACCAAUUUCCUGUCACAAUCGGAUGAACCUCCUCCAGCCUAUUCACUUAUUUUCCCGUCCUCUGCAAAUGAUGAGUCAAAGGAAACCAAAUAACACACAGAUCUGACUAUAUGAAUCAGAAAUAUUCAAAUUUUGUAAAUGUCAGAGUCCUUAUAUGUGCAUGUUUUUUUAAAAACAUAUAUCUAUAUAUAUAUAAAGUUGAUAUGUGGAAAAAGUCUUGAGGUUGUAAACUGGAUCGGGGGGACUGUUCUUCGUGGCCUUAUACUGCUUUAAUGCAUUUCUUUCUGCCUUAUGUGUACAGUUUAGCCUAAAAUUAUUCAUAAACUGGACAGAUUUUGAGUUAAAGUUACUUUAUAUUUGCUGAGUUGGCUGCUUGAUAUGACAUAAGUGACAAGAAGUCGCGCCUGAUUUUAUCUGACUUUUUGGAGGAAAGAAUAAUUCGCAAUCUUCAGGCGUGGCGGGGGGUGACUUUGAUUCUCGAGAAUGAUUUAGAGACAAAGAUUUUUUUUAAAUAACUUAUCCAAAAUAAACCGGAAUUGUUUUGUCCUGAACUGCACAUGCACUACAACUUUUUGAAUGACACAACACUUGUCACAAACGGAACCAAAUUUUUGUGUGAUUGUUUGUAAUGAUUUUAAACUGCAAAUUCUGUUGAGACUGCCAUGUUGUUGUUGUUGUUGUUUUUUGUGUCACUGCACUAUAAACUGAUUUGUUUUAACCAA